CAGGAGGCGGAUCAGAUGGUCCCGUCAGGACCUGAAACCUGACCCCCUUCAGUCCUCCUUGAUCCAGCAGGACCGUCGGAGUUCUCCUGAUCACAAUGAUCUUAAUGCUUGUUUUCACUCUCCUGGCAGUUCUGCCAGUUUGGAUCUUCUGGAGAAAUCCUUACUUUCUGGGAGAUCUGAGGUAUUUCACCACCGUCAUUAAGAUCGGGAUCCGAAUGGCCAAAAUCCGGAAAAGGUUCAGCAGCCUCCUGGACUGUUUCCUGGAGCAUGUGAAGAAGCAUCCCCACAAGAGCUUCGUGGUGUUUGAGGACAGCUCCUACAGCUACAUCCAGGCCGACAGAGAGAGCAGCAAAGUGGCCAGAGCUCUGCAGACGCACGCCCACCUGAAGGAGGGGGACACGGUGGCCCUGUUCCUGGGAAACCAGCCCCACUUCAUCUGGGUCUGGCUGGGACUGGCCAAACUGGGCUGUGUGGCGUCUCUCCUGAACACCAACAUCAGAUCCAAGUCUCUGCUUCACUGCUUCUCGUGCUGCGGAGCCACAGUCCUCAUCACUGCAGCUGAGCUGCGAGGAGCCGUGGAGGAGGUGCUGCCGGCCCUGAGGGAGCAGGGUGUCCGUGUGUUUGUCCUCAGUGAGAGCUGUGAUGUGGAGAGCAUAGAAAGCCUCUCUGAUAAAAUCCAGCAGGCCUCAGAUCAGCCUCUGUCCCUGCAGCUGAGGGCCAACGUCAACCUGAAGAGCCCAGCGUUAUACAUCUAUACUUCAGGGACCACAGGACUUCCUAAAGCAGCUGUGGUGAACCAUGAGAGGGUUUGGUUGGCUUCUUUCCUUGGGCUCAUUGCGGGCCUGCACUCUGACGACGUGCUGUACGUCUACCUGCCUCUGUACCACACCGCCGGCAUUCUGAUGGGCCUGGGAGGAGCCAUAGAGCGAGGCUGCACCGUGGUUCUGAGGCGUAAAUUCUCCGUUUCCAACUUCUGGGACGACUGCAGGAAGUACAACGUGACGGUCAUUCAGUACAUCGGCGAGAUCAUGCGUUACCUCUGCAACACGCCGAAGGACCACAAGGUGCGGCUGGCUUUAGGGAACGGGAUCAGGGCCGACACCUGGACUGAUUUCCUGGAGCGGUUUGGGAACAUUCAGAUCUGUGAAUUUUACGGAGCCACAGAGUCCAACAUCAUGUUUGUGAGCUACAUAGGAAAAGUUGGAGCGAUUGGCAGAGAGAACUUUCUUCACAAAUUAAGAAAUCCAUACGCCCUGAUAAAGUAUGACCUGGAGACGGAGGAGCCGCUCAGAGACUCCAGAGGAUUCUGUAUUAAAGUCCCAGCAGGAGAAACUGGUUUGCUGGUUGGAAGGAUCGGAGCAACAGCACCUUUCGGUGGAUAUCUGAAGAACGAGCAGCAGACAGAGAAGAAGCUGAGAGACGUGUUUGUGAAGGGAGACCUCUACUUUAACAGUGGAGAUCUUUUAAGGGUCGACAACCAAGGAUUCGUUUAUUUUCAGGAUCGGAUUGGAGACACUUUCAGGUGGAAGGGAGAAAACGUGGCGACCACAGAGGUGGCUGAUCAUUUACUGACAGUGGACUUUGUUGAAGAGGCUAAUGUCUACGGGGUGAAGGUGCCAGGACAUGAAGGCAGGAUUGGAAUGGCAGCUCUGACGCUGAAAGAAAACAUGAGCUUUGACGGGAAACGUCUUCAUCAACACGUUAAAAACUACCUGCCGAGCUACGCCAGGCCACGGUUCAUACGCAUACAGGACGCUCUGGCAGUGACUGGAACCUUCAAGCAGCUGAAGGCCAAACUGGCUGAGGAGGGUUUCAACCCCGACAUCAUCCAGGAUCCUUUAUUCUUCCUGGAGGACAAUAARGGCUACGUGCCCAUGAGCAAGGACAUAUUCAGCUCCAUCUCAGAGGGAACGCUCAAACUCUGAGCGCCUGCUGCAGACCAGGAGGCGUUCAGAGCGACACGGGGAUAUUUUAUACACAGAUGACUCUUUUUAAAUCAGAACCACUCAAACCAGCCUGUUUGUUUUUACUGGAUCAGUUUGAAACUGAGGUGAAGCCUGAGGAUGGCAGGACUGAAACAAUGGAGGAAAAGCUUUGACCCGUCUGUGAGGUGGGCAGUCUCAGGGUCUCGUGUUUCCGUCCCACCUGAUUCAUCUCUCAAAUCAAACCAACCUUGUUUUCUGGAACUCAAAACCUUCUGGACCUGUGUAUUUUUACCAACAUGUACACAAACUCCCAGAUGUGAGCCAGAAAGUUGUGAACACAUCAUUUAUUGCAAAUAAAAAUCUGAUUCUUUAAACAG